GUGCUGCUUGCCUGUGAGUUCUAAGGGAAGCCCAGAGAGAAAAUAAUUAUUAGGAAAACAAUUGCUCACUUCAAGGGGGAACCCACAUCAGCCAGCAUGGAAGAGCAAACCCACAAGAGAGAUUCAGGGCAAGAAGAUGUUGAAGUAGAACCUAUUAGCUGUCUUGUAGAGGAACAAGGAGAAGAAGAAGAAAGAGAAGGUGACCAAAGUCUUCCUGAUUCUAGCAUUUUUAUGGAGGAGCAUCCCCUGACACUUGAUAUGAACCAAACGUUUAGCGAAGAGGUUGGCAAUAUUUCUGGAUUUCAUCCAGGACCUGUUAGUGAAACAUCCAUUGCUACUUACAAAGCAGUCUCCACUGCAAAUGGUUUCCAGGCUGAUGCAGAGGAGGGAAAUCAGCUAAUGGAGGAUUUGUCUCUAAACAAAGAAGAGCUGAAACUAUCACGAGACAGGUUAAUAGCAGAGAGGGCAGAGAAGCGACGGCUGGCAGUGGAGACAAAGCGAAAAGAACAGGAAGAGCGGAAAAGGAAAGAGCAGGAAGAGCAGGAGCAUAUGGAGAAAAUGAGAGAAGAAAUGGAACAGGAGAAGAAAAGGAGGAUUGAGGAGUUUCGUUUAAGAAAACAGCAGCUUGAAGCAGAGCGGCAGCAACAGGAAGAAGAGGCAGAAAGGGAACGACGAGCAGAGAAGGCAGCCCAAGACCAGGCCCGGCGGCAGCAGGAGGAACAGCGUAGGAGAUUUUUGGAGAUACAGAGGAAGAAGCAGGCACAGGAACUGGAACAGGCAGAAGCAGAAAAACGCAGACAGAAAGAAAUAGAAAUGCAACUGGAGGAAGAACAGCGACAGCUAGCAGAGAUGGCCGAGGAGCAAAGGUUGGAAUAUGAGAAGAGGAAAAAGGAGAAAGAAGAGAAAAUGAGGCUUGAGGCUGAGGAGAGAAGGAGAAGAGCUGAGGAAGAGGCUAGAGUUGCUUUGGGAGAAGCAAGAAAGCAAGCGUUAUUACUCUCAAGACAAAUGGCAGAACUGGAGAAGGAGCAACAAUUUCAGUAUCAACUACUUGUAGAAGCCUGUGGACUAGAUCGAAGACAGGAUAUUUCACGUCCGUGGGUUUAUUCCUACUUCGAGCGUUCUUUUACAACAGAAGAUGAUUAA